CUUGUUCUAAGUUGCAGUAAUUAUAAAGCAAAUAUAAUGGCUUCCGGUAGCUCCUUCCUCGGUGCAAUACUCUUGUUCUCUUUUGCCACAAUGGCUUUUUCUGACUCCCUAUCCCCAUUCUGCUAUCAAAGAGUGUGUCCUCAAGCUAUCCCGACCAUUCGACGCAUUGUCUUUGACGCUGUGAGACAAGAGCGCCGCAUGGGUGCCUCUUUACUACGUUUGCAUUUUCAUGAUUGUUUUGUUAAUGGUUGUGAUGCUUCAAUUCUACUGGAUUCUACUUCAACCAUUGACAGUGAAAAGAAUUCUCUAGCUAAUGCCAAUUCUGCUCGAGGCUUUGAAGUCAUCGAUCGAAUCAAGUUUGCAGUUGAUAAAGUCUGUAAUGGUCCUGUAGUCUCUUGUGCUGAUAUUUUGGCAGUUGCAGCACGUGACUCUGUAGUUGCGUUAGGAGGUCCAUCAUGGACAGUGCAACUUGGGAGAAGGGACUCCACAACCGCCAGCAGAACUGACGCCGACAACAACCUUCCAUCACCAUUCAUGGACUUGACUGCCCUAAUUGACAAUUUCUCAAAGCAAGGCCUUGAUGUUAAAGACCUCGUUGCACUUUCCGGUGGCCACACAUUGGGGCUUGCCCAGUGCCGGACCUUCAGAGAUCGCAUCUAUAACGAAACCAACAUCGAUCAAGGUUUCGCUGCACAACGCCAAGCUUCAUGUCCACGCGUUGGAGGGGACUCUACCCUUGCUCCACUCGACCCUUCUCCUGCCUUCUUUGACACUGGAUAUUUCAGUAACUUGGUGACGAGCAAAGGUCUUUUGCACUCCGAUCAAGUAUUGUUUAAUGGUGGACAGACUGAUAACCUUGUUAAGACUUACAGUGGAAAUAUUCGUGUUUUUGCUAAUGAUUUUGUUGGAUCUAUGAUUAAGAUGGGUAAUAUUAAGCCUUUGACUGGGAAUAAUGGUGAGAUUCGAGUGAAUUGUAGGAAUGUCAAUUGAUGUAGCGUUGAGUGUGAAAAGUUGAGAAAUCCUCAAUGGCGACAAAGGAGCCUGGGGGGGUAGGGAUAAUGUUUAA